GUGGACGGUGCAACGACACCCACCAUCCUCUGAAUAAAACAAGAAGCAAAGGAAGAAGGAGAAGGAGAAGGCCCUCAGUCUUGAUCGUAGUACGGUGGAAUACCUCACACGCACACAUACCGUCACACCAAGCCAAAGAGUCGAACCGUGUGGAGAUUUCACAGGAUCUUGAAUAACCCCACCCUUCAGUAUCAUGAUUUUGAGCGUAUUCUGUACUCUCUGCCUCCUCGUGGGUAGUACACGAGCAGCUAGCGGUCCAGCCUUCUGGAAGGACGUGAGCGCCACGUGUGAUGCACAACGCCAAUCUCCCAUCAACCUGUACGAGGGAGAUGCGGUCCAAAACCCUUUCACGCCCUUCACCUUCACUAACUACGACGCUACCUCCGGCUUCAAUGCCACUCUGAAAAACAAUGGCUAUGGUGUUAAGGUAGACUACAGCGGUGCUACUGAGCUGACAAUGCAGGGCGGAGGAUUUACAGACACCUUUAAAGUGGCCCAGUUUCAUUUCCACUGGGGCAGGACAUCCGUACAGGGAUCAGAGCAUCUCAUCAGCUCACAGGCUUUCCCGAUGGAGCUCCAUAUCGUCCAUUACAACUCGAAGUACUCUGACCUUGGGGAGGCCCUCAAACAUGCUGACGGGGUGGCAGUAUUAGGAUUCAUGUAUGAGGGUAGCAAGAUCGACUUGGCUGGCUUUGCGUUGAACACACUCCUCCAAAACUCCUUCAGCAACUUCUUCCGGUAUGACGGUAGCUUGACCACUCCAGACUGUCAGGAGGUGGUCACAUGGACUGUCUUCAAGGACUCUAUCAAAAUUUCAGAGAGUCAGAUGGAAAAAUUCCGAAAUGUGAUGGACGGAAAUGGCAAUGCAAUCGUUGACAACUUCCGACCUCCAAUGCCGCUCAACCAGCGGGUUGUCCAGUCCAGCUUUACAACGGGUAUUACAUGGGGCUACGCUUCCAACGUUGCCAACGCGGGGUCCGCCAGCAAAUGGAGCGAAUACUACGGGCACUGCGUGGAUGACGCCGGAAGCAAGCAGUCCCCAAUUGACAUUGACCCUACGACUGUUUACCUGGACAAGUCCAUCAACACCUUCACUAUGAGCGGGUACGACAGCGCACAGGGAGUGAACAUGCAAUUGAAGAACAAUGGACACACAGUGCAAGUAGAUAUCACUGCUGGAGAUAUCAGAAUGUCAGGUGGUGGGCUCCCAGGAGAGUUCAAGGCAGCGCAGUUCCAUUUCCACUGGGGCUCCGAUAGCACAAAGGGAUCCGAGCAUCUCAUUGACUCUGCUGCUUACCCGAUGGAGGUACACAUCGUGCACCACCACAUACAAUAUCCCACUCUAACUGAUGCCGUGGCACAAUCUGACGGAUUAGCAGUGCUUGGAACCAUGUUUGAGAUCUCCAAAGAAGACAAUCCUGCUCUUGACCCAAUCAUUUCAAAACUUACCGACAUCUCAGAUCCCAAGACGAGUACUUCCAUGGACACUGUCAGACUGGAUACCUUUCUGCCUGCUGACAUCACUGAGUUCUACCGCUACAGCGGAAGCUUGACCACCCCAGGCUGCUACGAGUCUGUGACAUGGACUGUCUUCAGAAAAUCCAUUCCCAUCUCAGAGGCACAGCUGGCCAAGUUCCGAGCCCUGCUAUCUGCUGACAAGAACGCUGCUGGGACUUACACGAAGAUGGUCAACAACUACAGACCAACGAUGAACAGAAACAACCGCAGAAUCGUUGCCACCUUCUUAAUUGGCUACGGCGAACGUGUGACCUACAGUGCCGUGUCUUUGACCUUCUGCAUGCUCUUAGCUGCUGUUCAGCGUUUAAUGUAAACGAAAAAAAGAACGUUUCGUUUCCAAGGAGAUGUCCAUUUAAAUAUUGAAUUAAUCAUUUCUUUUACUUACUUAAUUUCUUGGACUGCUUAUUUUAAAAGAGAAAACUGUCCAAGCAUGCUGUCCGCUCUCUAUAGGCUACUUGUUACCUAUUUCUUCACUUUGAGAUUAAUGCGGAGUGCUGAUUGGUUUCACAGUGGCAAUUGUCAUUGUUCCGAUGUCGUUUAUUACAUUUUUUUUUAAUUCAGAAUCCUGCAAAUUUUGACUAAUAAAUGAUACUUUAAAAAGCAGGCAAGGAGAAAGUUGGUUGAUAAUUGAUGGGAAAAAAAUACAUCUGUAAGAUGAUAAAACAUUACUCAAACACCCGCCAAUACCAACAGUAAGUUUACUAAUUUUUUUAAACAAUGUUUUUAAAAUUCGUUUUACCUUUUUUUUAACUUAAAUAAAAACGGACAAUUGCGUUAUGGCAAUAGGGAUAUUUUUUUUUUAUGGCAUGGUUCAUUAAUUUCUCUUUUUCUUAUACCGUUACUAUACACUUGUAUUAGUUUUUUAAAUAUGGACCAAUUUGAAUUUCUCACCCUGUACUAGAUUGAGAUUAGUGACAUAAUGGCAUUUACCAAAGAACGUUUCUUACAGACAAUCUAUUUACUUGAAAUAUUUACUAGGGAUUUCAGGAUUGAGUCUACACACUACGUAAAUGCACAGUUUUUCGUUUUGUUAAUGUUCAAAAUAUUUUUCCUGAAAGAA